AUGGGAAUUGUUGGAAACCUCAAUCCCGAUCAACUUCAGUUCUUCAACUCCCAAGGGUACUUAGUGUUGGAAUCAUUCGCAAGCUCUGAAGAUAUAGAUUUAUUGAGGAAAAGAAUGGAUCAGUUACUUGACGAAUUUGAUUGUUCUAAGAGUUCUUCAAUUUUUUCCACCACGAACCAACAACAAUCCACUGAUGAAUACUUCUUUGAGAGUGCUGAGAAGAUUUCGUUUUUCUUUGAAGAGAAAGCAUUUGAUGAAGGAGGUAACUUAAAGCAACCAAAGCAACUCUCUGUUAACAAAGUCGGGCAUGAUUUGCACGGCAUUGAUCCAGUGUUUAAGAAGUUCUCAAGCUCAGAGAAAGUGUCAGGCUUUCUAUGCUCUUUGGGAUACAGAAGGCCAGUGAUCAUACAGUCCAUGUACAUUUUUAAGCAACCAGGAAUUGGUGGUGUAGUGGUGCCACACCAGGACAAUUCAUUUCUAUACACUGAUCCACCAACUUGCACGGGUCUGUGGCUAGCUCUAGAAGAUGCUACAAUUAUAAACGGAUGCCUCUGGGCUAUCCCGGGAUCCCACAAAGAUGGCCUUGUUAGAAGAUUCAUUAGAGACGAGAACGGGGUUCACUUUGAUAAGCCAUCCCCAACCUAUGAUCAAAAGGAUUUUGUUUCAAUUGAAGUCAAAGCAGGCUCCUUGGUAAUCAUUCAUGGGGAUCUUAUUCAUCAAAGUUUCGAGAACAGUUCCUCAAAUUCACGGCAUGCUUACAGUUUGCAUGUGGUGGAUACUGAUGGUUGUAAAUGGGCUGAAGAUAAUUGGAUUCGAAGAAAGGUAGCUCCCGAGCCCAUUUACGUGCGUUGA